AUGGACAGCCAGGACAAGGGGGCUCUGGGUUCCCUAAAUUUAGGGUUUUUGAAGACAUUGACUGAAAAGAAGACAACAAGAGAUGGCCUGACGCCAAAGAGGCGGGGUCCCAAGCCAGACAGCAAGCCGGCACUGACCCGUCGGCAAGAACUGAACCGACAAGCGCAGAGAACACACCGUGAGCGAAAAGAACUCUACAUCAAGGCCCUGGAAGAUGAAGUUCUGCGCCUCAAAGAGGUGUUCAGCAACGUGACGCAAGACAAAGACAAGCUAGCUGAGGAGAAUAGGCAACUCAAGCUGCUCCUUGCUCAGAACGGGUCGAUCGGGAACCUGGAUGACAUGACCAGUACGCCCAGCCUGGGAUAUAAUACAUCAAGCCCGAGUGUCUCCGGCACGUCCGGAAGCUACGCACCUGCUUCGAGCGCAACCACGUAUACGCCACCCAUGACAUCGCAGUCAUCCAAUGCGCCACCAGCCACAGCGACAUCACAAAUGAUGCCGACCCAACAACACGGCGUCCCACAACAGAGUCAACACUCGAGAAGUCUGAGUCAGCAGCAACGUGUGGACUAUGAACAGGCAGGGAUAGAUUUCGUUUUAUCGUACGAGAACCCCGACCACUCCACUAAGACAUAUACAUCAUCUCCUCCCCAUUGA